AUGCCUUAUGGAAGAUCAAGAUCUAGGUCACCACCAUCGUCAAGGCAACAGAAACAGCCAAUACAGGUCAGCAGUAGUACAAAAGCUCGUAGACUGUCAUCUUCAUCAUCAUCGUCAAGUUCUUCUAGUUCAAGCAGAUCUCGGAGUCCAAAUAAAAACAAGAAAAGAGGGUCAUCAUCUAGUUCAAGUUCCAGUUCAAGAAGUAGAUCAAGGUCUCCAGAGAAGAAAAAGAAAACCAUCCUAAGGAAGAGGACAGGGAAUGCUGGAAGGUCAGGGUCAAGUUCCAGAAGCAGGUCAAGGUCACUGUCACCAAAGAGGGUCAAGAAGAAGUCACCAGAAAUUUCUCCUAAAGAUGAUAUCAAGCAGAAGGUUCCAGAGAAACAGAUUGAAGAGGUCAAGAAAAUGUCACCAUCAAGGUCAUCUGCUUCAAGGUCAAGGUCACCAAGUCCUGCGCAAGCUGAAGUUGAAAAAACUUCUGACAAAAAACCAGAUGUGUCUGAACCAGCACAAGAGUAUGUCUAG